AGAGAAUUCGUUUUAAGUGAGUGGCUUCGAAUUGCAUGGCGUUUCUUCCAUCACCUCCAAUGGCCGUGGCGUUUUGUGUUAAGCUCGGUGUUCUUUUGGGUCUGCUGUUCGGACAGGCUCAGUCAGCUCGAUUAUACACUGAGGAGGAUCCAGUGGUUAUACUGAGCAGCGACAGCCUGAAGCAGACCGUGUUGAACUCCUCCAGCGCCUGGCUGCUUCAGUUCUACUCGUCGUGGUGCGGACAUUGUAUGCAGUACUCGCCUACAUGGAAAGCGCUGGCCGGAGACGUGAAGGACUGGGCACAGGCCAUUCAGAUAGGAGUUCUGGAUUGUGCUCAUGAGAAGAACUUCGACAUCUGUAAGGAGUUUGGAAUCCACUUCUACCCCACCUUCAGGUAUUUUAAGGCACAUGACACCACAAAUGAUUAUGGAAAGACAUAUCGUGGGGCUGACAGAGAGCUUCAGACAGUGAGGCAGUUGAUGGUGAACUUUGUACAAAACCACACAAAACAUGACUGGCCUGUGGGCUGCCCUCCCCUUGAACCUGUCAGGUCUGAGGAGAUUCUAUCCUUAAUGGGGAAGAAAACUGAGUUCUAUACUGCAGUUAUAGUUGAGGAUGAAGACUCUUAUAUUGGAAGAGAGGUAAUUUUGGACCUAAUGCCAUAUGAGGGUUUGGCAGUGAAGAGAGCUCUGAGCUCAGACAAACGUCUAAUGGAGAAACUAGGGAUAAGUUCAGUUCCCUCAGCAUACCUCUUCUAUCCCAACAGCACACACACUGUCAUGAAUGUUCAGAAGAGGCUACGCUUUUUCUUCUCCUCCUUCCUAAAACUCCUCCCUGGAGUACACAGAAAACAGUCCACCUCGUCCCUGCAGCGUCCUCAGCCUGGGAAUAAUGGACAGGGAACAAAGGUGGAAUGGAAAGAGUUUGAAAAGUCUAAGGUAUACAUGGCAGAUCUGGAAUCUGGUUUGAAUUAUCUACUGAGGGUUGAAUUGGCUACUCACAAGACCUUAGAAGGAGAAGAACUAAAAACUUUCAAGGACUUUGUAACCGUUGUCGCCAAGCUAUUUCCAGGUCAUCAAUCUGUAGUGAAGCUUCUCGAGACAUUGCUAGAAUGGCUAGUCAGUUUACCUUUGGAGAAGAUCCCCUACGAUGCUAUCCUGGACUUAGUUAACAACAAGAUGAGGAUCUCGGGGCUGUACCUGAGUGAGCAAGUGCAGUGGGUUGGAUGCCAGGGUAGUAGUGUGGCACUAAGAGGAUAUCCCUGCUCCCUCUGGACACUCUUUCACGUUCUGACUGUGCAAGCUGCCAACCGACCCGAUGCUCUAGCCAACACUGGGUUUGAGGAUGAUCCCUUGGCAGUGCUUCAAACCAUGCGUCGCUACAUUGGGACCUUCUUUGGUUGCCAGGAGUGUGGGAAACAUUUUGAGGAAAUGGCUCAGGAGUCUCUGAACCAGGUCAAGUCUGUAGAUGAUGCAGUUCUGUGGCUAUGGAGAAAACACAACCAGGUUAAUGCAAGAUUGACUGGUUCAAUGAGCGAGGACCCCAUGUUUCCCAAGACUCAGUGGCCGACUCCUGACCUCUGUCCCACAUGCCAUGAGGAGCAAGAAGGCCUUCAUGUCUGGAACGAACAGAUGGUGCUCGCUUUCCUCAGACAACACUAUGGUGCCUCAAACAUCUCCCCAAAAUACUCCAGCAACAGCCAACCAGAACCAGGCCCUCCUGCUCCCGACAAACCCAAAGCCAUAAACAAACCUAACAGCCACCUUCUCCUCAACCAAAACCUAAAGCCGUCUCCUGACAGCGCUCCUAAACAUCAGAAGCGGAGUGACACCAAUGAUGCAGGACAGAAACACACCGGCAUCCAGAUAGAAGCCAGGCCAGGGAUGACAUUCCUGGGCCUGGGAUUCUCCAGCGUGGACAUGAGUCUCUGUGUGGUCCUCUACGCCCUCUCCUGCGUCUUCCUCAUGUUCAUGUUUUUCUUCUUCCGUUUUCGCUCAAAGAGAUGGAAAACUAGAAACUACAGGCCUUACGUAUAGCAGCAGAAUACAGCGAUGGAAAACUGUGAAUAAGGUGAAUGUAAAGUAUGAAACCCCUGCCAAGUGUUGAAGGAGACUUUUAAUUUAUUGAACUACUUUUAUUGAAUUACUUUUAUUUGUUUUGAUCUUGUUGUUGUUGACGUUUUCGUGAAGUGUUUUGUAAUGAAGAACUUGUCUAAUUACUGAUGAAAGUUUAACUCCUAUAUCAGUCUAGCUGUGUGAACAAGCACACGUUAGCGGGGAUUUCUCAACCCUAAACAAAGAGACAGGUUGAUUUAGCUGGAGAAGCUAUUUUACUGUAGUAAAAGUAACAACCUAGGUCAAAGUACAUUUUUAUGAAUAUUCUACAUUAUUUCUAGAGAUUUUUAUUGAAAUAAAAUAUCCUAAGUUUCUCACAGGGUAUAUAUCACUCUCUAUGAAAGUCACUCUGUCCCCAUAUUUCUGUUUGAUGGUCCAAAAAACACUUGGGAAUAUGAUUUAUUCUGUCGCUCAAGGUCCCUAGCUGAGAAGCUAGUGACACGAAACACUGCCUGUCAAUGACCAGAUGUGGAAAAACCCUCGGUUUUGUCUGCAUGUGAAGUCACGAAAAGCGCUACAGUUAAUUUUAAGCUUGAAAUCUUUAAAUGUUUUAUACCUUUUAAAUCUUGUCAAAAUGCUUCAUAAUUGGUUGUAUUGAUGCAACACAGCAGUAAGGGAUUUAUAACGACUACAAUAAUCUCUUCCGAAAAAUAAAAAUGUGUCAAAUUGUCAGACUUUUUGCUUCUCCAUUAUACUGAGCAUAUUUAGCGAGUAAACUUUUAUUGAUUAGCUUGUUUUUUUUCUUUAGGUUACUGAGGCUCCUUUGAAUUGGAACUUUUUUCAAUAAUUAUUUUAUACUUUUAACUCCUUUUUUUCGGUCCAUGUCACUGUAAAUGCAUUGCAAAAUGUCAAAACAAAUGCAGUCUGUUGUAGAGCUCAUAGAAGACACACCAUACAUGUUCAACCUUAAGGAAAACCAUUAUUACAGUGUACUCCGAGGAUUCCUGAUCACAGACCGUUUAUUGUUUAACAUCAAUAUUACUACAGCAGUAUUUUGAUUCAAUGUUUAGAAUUAAAAUGUUGAUAUUGUAAAACUUGAAAUAUCAUUAUCAGCAUUUGGUUUGCGGACUGGUUUGUAAUGUGUUCAGCUUGUUAUUGUCUAAUGGAGCAGUGUUAAUGUGGACCUGAGGCUAAAUAUUUCUAAAUCAUUCUUAAUGAAAUACGGCUUCUGUGUUGUGACAGUAUGUGCCCAUACUGGUGGCCUUCUAAGCUGCUCCAAAUGAACGGCUGUAAAUUGCUUUGCGUUUAUUGUUUCCAGUGCUUUAAGAAUUAUAUUUUUAUCUAAAGACUAUUUUUGGGUGCGGUUGUUCUGUAUAUAUGUAGUUUGUCCUUUCAGGGUGAGUUGUUGUAUUUUGUAUGAAGAACACUAAGUUAUCUUUCAAAUAAAAACAUGUAUUUCCCAUCA